GUAAUUAUGAGAGAAUUGAUGUUGGAUUCAAUAGUUUUAUUUCAUACAAAAACGUUUCUCUGGAUCACGGGGCAGUGUAUUAUAUAAAUGUUGUUGUAACAAAUACCCUGGGGUAUAAAUCAGUCCUAUCUACCAAAGGUACAAUUAUAGAUUUUACCCCUCCUGAGCCAGGUCAUCUUGGUUUAAAAAUUCUAGAUACCAUGAAGGCUGAUGGUUGUAAAGCGGCAAUAACACAGAGAUGCAAAGACGUCACGUGGAAGAAAAAUCAUAGGGUUUUGAUUGAUGGUGUCGGAAGUCGGACGAUUUUUAACGGACAUCAUCCAUCAGAGGAGCAGAAAUAUACAAUGUCAAACCACUACAUAUCAGCAAAUUGGGAUGGAUUUAAAGAUAGAGAAAGUGGAAUAUAUGGAUUUACUUGGGCAGCUGGGAGGAAACCGUGUGGAUACAAUAUAGUUGGAUAUGUUGACCCACAUGCAUCUCUCUCCAACCCCAAAUUUUGGACUUACACCGGGUACAAGAAGAAUAUUCAUUUAGAAGAUGGGAAAUACUAUGUAACCGUCCAAGCAUUGAAUAACAUAGUUCAUGGCGGAUCACUUGUAACCACAGUUUGUCAUUCUACACCAUUGAUCGUUGACACAUCCCCUCCAAUUUUUCAUCAAGUGCCUGAUAUAAUGUUUGACGAAGAUUUCGACAUUCUAGCCGUUUAUUACAACGUAUCAGAUGAUGGAUCUGGAAUCCAGAGAAUCGAUUUUGGUCUCGGCAAAUCCAAACAUGAUAUUGAAGUACGUGGGUAUGUCAGGCGGAAUCAUAUGAACAGAUUUGAUCCAUUUUUUGUGGUGGAAAACUUAGAUCUGAAACCAGGGGUACCGGCUUGGAUAAGGGUCAGAGCUGUGAAUAAUGUUGAUCAAUUUGCAUCUGGGCAUGCGCCUCAACCUAUAAUGGUGGACAAAACCCCUCCCAUUGUCGGUGUCGUGAGUGAUGGUGACAGACUUCAAGGUGAUCUACAAUAUCAACAUGAAACUGACAAAAUAUGCGCUCAGUGGACGAAUUUUUUUGACCCGGAAUCAGGGAUUAGAAAAUUUAUGUGGGGCGUUGGAAGCGGACCACAACUUGAUGAUAUUAGUCAGUUUAAAAACGUCUCUCAUCACACUAAGAUAGGAUGCACUGAUGUUAUUCUGAAGCACAACACAACAUACUAUUCAACUGUAAUUGCUUUUAAUGAUGCACUGAACUCGAAGCACUCAAAUGGAUCUUCCGACGGAGUUUUAAUUGAUGUUACACCGCCUAAAGCAGGGUUUGUAAACGAUGGAGUUGAUCUAGAAUCAGAUAUAAAUUUUUCCUCCGAAUCGGCUACUGUACAUGCUGUCUGGAAUAAUUUUACCGAUGCAGAAAGUGAUAUAGCACAGUAUAAUGUGAACGUUUUUAUCAACAAAGAGCUUAAAAAAUCACUUAAUAUGAAGCAAAUUAAAAUUCUGGAGGAUCAUUCGCUGUCUCUUAGUCAUCUUGACUUUGUCACUGUUGAAGUCGAAGCAACAAAUGGAGCAGAACUAAAGAAUACACAGUCAUCGAACGGAGUUUUAAUUGACCAUACGCCUCCUAAUGUAAUAAUGAUAUCCGAUUGUUUAUCUGGAAAGGGAUAUCAAGCUGAUGAUAAAACUUUAUUUCUACGGUGGAAAUUUGAAGACGAAGAGUCGGAUAUCAAAGAGUAUAGGAUCCUUAUAAAUCGUUUGGAGGCAGGGCAAAAAUUGAAAGUAUGGCCAGACGAUUCCGAUUACAAAACUAUCGAAGGAAUUUCCAAGGAGUCACAAACUGCGCUCAAUAUAACUGUGAUGUUGACGUCUGGUUUUAAGUAUUUCGCUCAUUUCACAGCAGUGAAUAGAGCUGACCUCUCUACUACACACGAAUCAAAUGGAGUUGUGAUCGAUGUUACACCGCCUUCACUCAUUAAGGUUCACAUUGGAAAAUUUGAAGAGGAAGAAGAAUUAGAUGAAAAUGGAUAUAUUUUGCAUGAUUCACCUUCUGCAAUAACUAUCAGCUGGAAAGUUCGUGAUUUUGAAAGUAGUUUAGAAACCAUUUUUGUUGCGAUUGGUGUUGAAGGUAACAUGCAGAAAAUCCUCCCUUGGUAUGAAGUUGAUGGUAAAAAGGCUUCUGUUUUAAUUGAUAAUCUAAGCAUGGCACCAACUUUAACAUCAAACUACACAUAUAUAGUGUCAGUCAAAGCAAAAAACCGUGCAGGACUUGUCUCAAAAACUGUAAGAUCUAGGUCUAUUUACGUACAAAAAUCAAAUGUUCCUGGACUAGUAUUCGAUGGAAGAAAUUUACUGAAAGAUGAAGACUUCCAGAUAGAUAAAACAUCGGUCGCGAUGUCUUUCAUUGGCUUUGAGAGUGAAGCAUGUAAUAUAUUUGGUUAUGACUGGGCUGUAGGAUCAAGUCCUUUUUCCAGUGACAUUCUCCCAUACACAAGUUACGGCAUUGUUAUGAAAAACGAAACUUUUGGAUAUGCUCAAAUACACCUGACACUUUAUGACUCAGAAACAUAUUUUAUGACAGUGAGAGCAAGGACAGGAUAUAAAUGUCGCGAAGCGUACAUUCUCGCUUCAUCAGAUGGUAUAAGGGUGGAUUCUAGCCCACCGACAGUAUCAUUUACUCGAAUAGAAAAGAAUAUGCCAAUGCAGUCUAGAAACACAGUGGUAUUUCAAAAGAAUUUGGAUUCUGUCGAUUUAUAUUGGGAUAUAAGUGACUUGUCGUCAAUUAUGAACCAGUCUGUUGUGUUGAGAAAGGAACCACAAUCCAAAGAUGUCUGGCAAUCCAAUGACCCAUCCCUUAAUUCUAUACCCGCUGGUAGUGUCCAUUUGGAGACGGGAGAGACAUUAUUUCUUACAAUCAACUCAACAGAUAGCGCGGGAUUAAGCAGCUCGAUCACAUCUAAUCCAAUAAUCAUUGACAGCACAAUACCAGAACUUGUUGAUUUUAAAUGCACGCCAACAAUAUCCGUUGUCCAGUCUCUCGUCAAGUGUUCAUGGGUUACGUUUGUGGAAAAUGAGAGUAGAGUAGCAAAAAUUCAGAUUGCUGUUGGAAAUCAAAGUUCUAUCUUCAAUAUCAUGAAUUUCACUACCGUUCCAAAGUUUCAAUAUUCAUGGUUCCGUGAUUUAAAACAAGUUUUGCUGGAAACGGACGUUACUAACAUUUUCGUUAGCAUUAAGCUUUCCAAUAUUUUGGAAGACUAUCUGAAAUUAGAAUUUCCAAUAGCUGUGGACAGAUCCGAGCCUGACGGAGGCCAAAUAUAUUUUGUAACGUCUAUCAAACCAGGCAUUGUCAGAAAAGAAAAACAAGAAUGUCAACAGCCUACUUCCUUUGUAGAUAUCAUACUACAAAAUUUUGAAGAUAAAGAAACAACAUUGCAUAAAUUUGAAAUUGGACUAGGAACUGCAGCAGGAAUUACAAACGUUAUGAAGUUUAUUACGCGAUCAUAUAGCAAUUACACUUUUUUAAAUGAUCUAAUAUUACCUGUUGGGGAAAUGGUGUAUGCGACGGUAAGAGUUUUCAAUGAUGUAGGACUUUACAGAACUGUUGUCUCCGAACCAAUUGCAAUAAGUCCAUUCCCCACUCUGUCAGUAAUUGAUGGAUAUACCUUAACUCAUGAUGAGGAUUUUCAACAUAGAACCUCUCUCAUGGGAGGUAAAUGGAUUUACUCAGAUUUAUGCCGUGUAAUCAAAGCUGAGUGGGCUAUUGAGGAUAUUGCAGGCAAUCUAGUCCAAAACUUUACAAACAUUCAAGGUGCAAGUAACCAUUUUUUCAGCGACGAACUCCAACUAAAUAAUGGAAAAACCUAUAUCAACAUAAUUCGAAUAACAGAUGCAUUGCAAAGAACAUUUCUGUCGAGAUCAGAUGGAAUAGCCGUGAGAAUUCAACCACCUGAUCCUGGAAUAGUCCGUGAUGGACCAAGUGACGAUCGAGAUUAUCAAGCAUCAUCUUCAGAAAUAUCUGCAAAUUGGGAAAUCUUUGGGAAAAUUGAUGGGAAGGAUCCUACUCAGACAAUUAUAAAAUAUAUGAUUGCAAUUGGUAAUGAUCGAAGAUACAGUAUUACCAGGAGCAACAUACACGCUUUUGUCGAUGUUGGUUUAAAUACUUCUUACAUAUUUACCAAUCUUAAUCUGACUGAAAAGACAGUGACAUAUUAUGUAACAGUAAAGGCUAUAAGUCUAGCAGGAAGCAGCCAGGAGUCUACAUCCGAUGGAAUCCGAGUGGGAUUCCGGAUUGGAGUUAUACCUGGGAAAGUAUACUAUGAUCGAUUUCAGUCAAUAACAAACAAAAUUAGUGUGUACUGGAGUGACUUUGUUUCUGACCUGGGUAUAAGAGAAUACUAUGUAGCUGUGGGAUCAUCUCAAAGCAAGUUUGCAAUUGAAAACGCAGACUGCACUACAAUUAUUGGUCUGGAUAGUCACAAAUAUGAUGUGUUAUCUCCAAGAGGAGUGGGAGAUGACACAUACGUUACAAUUAAGAAUUUACAACUGAAGCAUGGAUUAGAAUAUUUUGUUUCCGUGAUUGCAGAGGAUGAAGCUGGGUUAUGUUCAGUGGUAUCAGGUACCUCGUUAACAAUUGAUACAACUCCACCAUUGGAAGGCAAACUUUUUAUUGGGUCAUUUUACAAUGUUCCAAUAGUCUAUGUGCAUGAAAACACAACACUAGAUAUUCACUGGGAACACGGAUUAGACGAAGAAAGUGGUAUCAAAAUGUAUGUAAUAACACUCCUCUCUAAACAACAUUGCAAUUCUACAGAAGAAAUCAUUUUAACUGAGUCAGAGAUUGUAAAUGAAACAGAACAUACAUUUUACCAGUUGAAUCUCGAGAGUAAAAUCCCGUACUUUGUACGAAUGAGAAUUGUCAAUCGUGCCGGGUUAAGUCGAGAUAUAACCAGCGUGCCAAUAUUUGUUGACAUGACAAGCCCAUUGAAAGGUGAUGUAAAACCUGGACUAGACUGGAUUCAGCCAAAACCAUUUCAAUCAUCACAGUCACAAAUAGAUGCCGUAAUGGCAAUUGCGAGAUCAAAAUCUGCGUACGAAUGCCCUCGACAUCAAAUGUUCCCUUUCAAUUCAUUUAGGGCAAUUUCAAACUUUUCUUCUGAAUGUGUCGAUAUCACAUCGGAGCAUUUAGAUAUUGGUAUACGCCAUGAUGACACGUUGCAGAAAAUAAUUAAAGGAGGGGUUGCAUCAGAGCCGUUCAAAAUUAUUGGAGGCAUGUAUUCAUUCAAACUUUUACCGCUUAAAGGUGAAAAUAUGACAACAAUCAUUGCCCUUGCACCAAGCCUAAAUCAUGUUCCGUUUAAUUUUGAAGAACAGCAUUAUUUUGAUUCGAACUACUCAAUAGGCAACGGAAGCGAAUCCAGAUUCACGGGAAUUCCUCAAGAUUAUGGAGUAGGAAUUACGAUCGCUGGAUAUCCGAGAGAACAAAAUAGAAAGAUCAUACUCUGGUCUAAAGACAGAUAUGAAAACUGCAAAAGAACCAUGAAUUACGAAAUUGAAGAGUUACUUGAUAUUGAGAUUGAACUGGAGGGUGAGGAUGGAAAUAGUGGAAAUGAGAUUUCAUGGUCCGUAACAUAUUUCAUUAACGACGAGGAAUUAGUACAAUUUACAGAUCUGAAAUUUCAAGAUGAAUGGGCAAUGUUUUUGUUAACGCACAAUGAAAAUGGCUUUUUCCCACCUGUAACUGAUAUAUUCCAUCCAUAUGAUAGUGUAUCUAGGUUCAUGCAAAUUAAUAUUCCUUUGAACAAUGACCAUGCUUGUCAGUAUGGAAAGGGCUUUUUUGACGACGAAAGUCAUUUAAAAGAAAUAUGGAUAGGCGUAUCAGAUAGCAUCAACAAAACUGACAAUAUCAAACCUCUUCAGUUAUUUAUGGAAUUUUGUCAACCUUGUUAUGCCAUAUGCCCUGGUGUUUGUGACAGAAAUUGCUUAGAAAAGGACGAAUUUGAAAUUUUUCCAACUACCAUUAACAAUUUAACACUGUUAUCAUCAUCAAAUGCGAAUAAAGGGAUACACAAUGAAACAUUUGAUACAAGUAACGGAAGCAAAGCAUUUGAUUUGUACGAAACCCCGGCGUAUUUUAUAAACGUGAAAGUGGUCAACCUAGCUGGUCUUGACAUACUUAUUCAUAGCCCAGCCAUUACAAUUGACACUACAGCACCCUACUUUGAGAAAGUAAAAUGUGUGGAUCCUGAACACUCUAUGACGGAACCGGCUGCCUAUCAAAAAAGUCUACAAAGUUUAGGGGCAUUUUGGGAAUGUAGUGAAGAUGUUGGUCAAAUAGUGAAGUAUGCAGUGAGUGUUGGGACAUCAAUGAAUGAUACUUCUGUUCUUAACGAAACAGAAAUCGGAAUGAAUAAGACUUUUCGAGUCGACAAUCUAAAGGGAAUACUUCGAGAUUUCACUACGUAUUAUAUUUCUGUGUAUGCAUAUAAUUCUGCAGGUUUGCUUGGGAAGGGAUAUUGCAAUGUCACCGUUGAACUACAUGCACCAGAUGUAUCACAAACAGUAACGUCUCCAUUAUUUGGAAAUCCAUACUUAAUUAACCCUCCCCCAAAUGUGACAUUUUUGUCAUCUGGAAACAAUGUUGGAGUUCAGUGGAUCCCGCGCACUUCAGAUGUGGAAUUUUAUGAGUGGCAGAUUGGAUCUAACGAUGGAGAUGAUGAUAUUUUUCCACGAGUAAAAGUUGGCACCAGUAAAGCCCGAUCCGUUGCGAUCGUAAAUGGAAAAAUGUGGCUUGAUAAUCAAAAUACUAACACAACUCUAGCAGAAUACAUUUUGAAGAACUGGGAUAAUAAAUCUAUCGCUGAAGCAAAGCGAAAUGCGUUUUUCAACAUUGAACCUGGAAAGUGUAUUCACAUGGGCUUAUUCGCCGUAAGCAGAUCCCAUUUAUCCACCCAGGUACCCGUGGAUGCAAACUGCUUUCUUAGACCAAAAGAUCACUUAGUGUCUUUCAAAAGAAGGAAAAAUCACAAGAUAUCUUUAACAAACGGUCGAUUUGUAGAUGGUGCAUUGCACAACUCAUCGAGCAGCAGUAUGACUAUAGAUAUAAAUGGAUCAAAAGGUGGCAUAUCAUUUGGAGUUUUGUCGAAAGAGGACAUGACAAUAAACUAUGGUUCAGCUGGUGGGCCACAUUAUAAAUCAUAUAUUGUAAAUCCAUCCGAUUCCAGUUCUAAAACUUCACGAUCAUUAAGACGAAGAAUAACGAUGUUCUCUAACAUGUCCUUCUUCAUGUCUCCAACUGGUGAUACAGAUAUCAACCGAUGGAUAGAUUUUACUAUAAGCAUCAACACAUCAGACCUGACGGUUUCCGAAAUCCCAGCAUUGAUUGUCUGGAAUAGAACUGCAGAAGAAUGGCAACUGUUAGAUGACAAUUGUGUACAAAACUUGCAUGUGGAUCAUGUACAAAGUGUGUUAAAAGGAAAAAUUUGCAUUGGCGAAUGUGACUAUGAAAGAAUCAAAAGACAAACAUUUCAGACCGUUACUCUCAAAGAGCCCCAGCACUUUGCAUUGGUGACAAUAAAGAAGGAACUUCAAAACACCUCACCUAUCAUAAGAACGACAAUGGAGAGAAUAAGCGAGGAUGGUUUCUUGCGUUGUAAAAUUGAUUGGGAUGACAGCGAGAAUGAUAACGUCAUAUUGAAUUUGCUUCAAGGACCUGUUCAUGGUUAUGCCAACAUUACUAGUGAUGGUAUAUUAGAGUACCAACCAACCCAAAAUUUCUGGGGAAAUGACACUGUCUACAUCGGUAUAACAGAAAUUAUUUCCGGCGUCAAAUCGUCAGAAUUGGCACAUCGUUUUAACAUUUCAUUCGAGAUACUGGUAGACAAUGUGAAUGACGGACCAUCAGUAUUGUUUGGUUCAUCAUCAAACGAAACAUUCUAUUCGAAGGCUCAAAACAAGAUUGAAGUAAUACUAGAAGCCGGAGAUAUUGAAUACUUCAUAGGAUCAUUCUCUGCUUUUGAUAUUGACAUGAAUGAUUCCCUAACACACCAAGUGUACAACAACGCGUCUAACGAUAUGCUUUUCGAUCUGAAAGAAACAGAAUUACCCAAUCCCUUUUUGCUUGAGAGCCUUAACACGUCAUUUCCUCCAAGUAUAUUGAAUUCUUUUGACUUAUAUCUGAAAUUAAAUACCACUGCAUACGGCCACGUUGCGUUUGGACUUUUGGUUUACGAUUCUGCUCAGUGGUACAGUAAAGCCGCUUGGUUUGAAGUGUUUGUUUUACAGAAUCCGUGUGUGAAUGGUCACUGUGGUGUGAUGAAUCCAAAUGGACCAGAUUGCAAUGAUAAAGUUCGAUCAAUCUCCUUCAGCAAUUAUGUUUGCAUUUGUGACAAUGGAUACGAAGGACAAUGGUGUGAAAUUGAGAGCAACGAGUGUGUCCCUAACCCGUGUCCUCUGAUGUACGACUGUCAUGAUGAAUUAGCCUCCUACACAUGCGAAAUCAAUCCUGCCAAACUGGUUGCAAUUUUGAUAUGUUUAUGUAUUGCUUCUGUCUUUAUCAUAUUUGUAUACAGGAAGAAAAAGCUAACAAAAGAGCGGAUGAAAGUAUCUGAUUUUUGGGGAACAACUCCACCUCAUCAAAUGGCGGGUCCAUCGGGAGCGUUUUCUAAAGUGAAAUCUUUGAGGCAAGAAAGUCCGGACUCGGAGGGUGAGGAUCCAGUUUUCCGCGAAAUAUCUAGGAGAGAGCACGUGAAUGACAUGGCUCAAAAUCUUCGGCUGAAAACAGACCAGUGCCUUAAAUUUGAAGAUAGUGGAUCUUCGGAUGUUCACGAAAAAAAUAAAGAUUUAGGGAUGGGACUACGAAAAACGGGCGGCAAAUAUGACGACGAACCCAUAGAUAUGUCAAAUUUGAAAAAGCAUUUUGCUUCCAAAUCUGAGAAAUUCCCUCCCCACCACAAAAGGAGACCUGGAAACCCCUUGCUAGAGAACCAUACGGAUUCCAAACUUGUCAACCAAUACAUAGAUGGCUUUAUUCCCGAAAUUGACAUUUAGAACCUCUCUUGAAAUUGUUACACCAAGAAUUUUCAAUAUAGAGUUAGACACCACAUGCUGUAAAUUGUUGAAGUAACCCAAUUUUUUUUUAUUAACCGGAUUUUAGCCUUUGUAUAUAUAUUCCUCCUAUGAUCAUUAAUAAUUGUUCUUUGUAUUCUUCAAAUGGAUAUAUAUAAUAUAUAUGAUUAUUAUUA